CACACACACACACACCGCUCCACGAACACACUGUAAAUGAAUCGCGCGUGCCCACAGCCGCCGCUGACUGACCCCGCUCUGUAUUUACAGAGCAGAAGAAUAAAUAUUAAUGUAUCUUCAGUGUGACAUGAAAAGAAAUCCCUUAAUUUAACUCACUUUGUCACUCACCUCAUUCACCACAUAGCCUGUCACUCACCUCCUCCACAGUGUCUGCCUCUUUAUAAAAAGCUAAAUAUCUAUUGAACCAUUGAACAAUUUGUCUAUGAUAUGUUUAAAAAUAAAGAAAACUUAAGAAAAUGUAAAAAAAAAUAAUAAAUAAAACAAACAAACUAAAAAAAACAAAAACAAAACAUAGAAUAACAGUUCCGGCUGCUCUUUUAAUAACAUUUAAGAACAUGGCAAAAAAACUAAUUUAUGUAAUUCACGUAAAAAUAAAGUUAAUGUAAAAAAAGUGACAUCCUAUUUAAAAAACAACAGAAGUUGUUCCUUUAUAACAUUUCUAACACAUUUAUGGUGUUUUUACUCACUUUUUUCUCUCCCACAACACUAAUCCUUUACAGCUUCAAAAACAUGUAUUAUGCAAAUUAGGCGAUGACGUCAUUUAGCGACUUCUAGCGACUUUUAGGACAGCCAAUAGCUACUUUCCUUACUGAGGAGUUGGCAACACUGAAAAUCAGUCUUCCUUGGAUCACAACAAUAAGAACCAGGAGAACAUAAUUAUGGGAGAUUGGAUUGAGAAAUACCCAUGUGGUAAUGAAAACGAAAUGGCAAAAAGCCAAAAAGGGAGAGCAAGAGCAAUCACAAUGUAACCAGAAAUCACAAGGAUAUGAAAAAUAAUGUUAAAGAGGAGAGAAUAGAGUUCAGGAGGGGCAAGAACAGAAAUGAAUGCUGGAUCUUUGGUGUGCUCCUGCUGAUAAAAACAGUGUCUUUGCAGGAGAUUGAAGGUGUAACAGGAGAUUCUGUCAUACUUAAAUGUGCAAACAUCAACAAAUCACUGCAGGAUACAGUCCGUGUGUUCUGGAGAUACAGGGAUAGUAAAACUGUGUACAACAUAAUCAAUGGAACAGAGAAGUUGGGUGAACAGGAAGCAGCGUUCAGAGGCAGGGUCCAGGGUUUCCCAGAAGAGUGGAAAAAAGGCAAUUUCUCCAUCAGACUGAACAAUGUGAUGAUGUCUGAUUCAGGACCGUACAGCUGCUUCAUUCCUCAACUCAACCAUCAUACAAAACUACAGCUAAAUGUUAAAGAUUCUGUUCCAGAUUUAACACCGUCACUUAAGCUAAACCACAGAAACGUUCUAACACAUCUGAAGAGCAACAGUAUCUUAAACAGACCUGGAAAACACAUUAUUUUCACUGUGACUUUUUUGGGACUUACCGUGUUGCGAGACUGUGGUCAGGUGUUUUUUGUAUUGCUGAGACAGUUUUAUUUUGAUGGAAAAUAAAUACAAAUACAAAAUACAUGUCUGGCAAAUGUUAUUUUAGUAAUUAAUCCCAUAUUUAGUACCUUAAACAUUUUGUAGUGCAUGAUUUAUUACACAUGAAAGGGUCUAAUUUAUAUCAGAGUGUAUAUAAAAAUAUAAUUGACCAAAUUGCACAAUAACUGCUGCAGCAUGAUUUAUUUAUUUAUUUUUUACUUUUUAUUCUACCUUCUAAAAUCAUAUAAAUAUCCUCGACAAGUAGUUUGGACACUAUUGUUUGUUUAGCUCCAUUCAUCCCCUUACAGUGAGGACUCAGUGAGGGUAAGCAUAAACCCACUCUGAAAACACAUAAACUGUACUUCCUCUCAUUGGUCACUUUAUUAGAAACAUCUACAAUUUGGUUUCACUCAGUGGCCACUUUAUUAGAAACACCUACAUUCCACUUUCAUGGAAACACUUAAAUUGUGCUUUCACUCACUGACCACUUUAUUAGAAACACCUACGUUUACGGCAUCUAAAUACUAAAUAUACUAAAUAUAAAAACUAAAAUAUUCUGUUUUUAAAUCAAACUUAAGACCAGUGUUUGUGUUUUUCCCCUUUUCACAGUGGCCAUAAAAUGCAAUUUUCGAUUUUGAGGGUCCCUCUGUUCAGUUUAGGAUAUUUCUUUUUAAACACACUGUACCCUGGUGAUUAAUGGCUUUUCAAAAAUUGACCUAUCGGUUUUCAGUCUUUGGUAAAUCAAAUAACCUCUUAUUGAUUAUAUAUUUUGA